UAGUUAUUAUAAAAUUCUGAUGCUGAGUAUAUAUAUUUAUAGUAUGUCUGUUGAGGUGAGUUUGUGUGUCAUUUGACAAUUCAUGACAGGAGCAGGCAGCAGCUGUGUAAACAAUGGUUGUAGCCACCACCAGGAAUGAGUGUGUCACUGUAGCAUCACCGAUGGUCUAUCUGCACUGGCGCCGAGGACACAUUUCAGCUGCUCUUCUUUGCGUCUCUGCUAGUAGCAUCAACAUUAUAAUGGUAUCAAAGCAUUGGGUACCUAUAAAUAAGAAACCAUUUCCAUUUGGCAAAGAUAUAGUAGCCUACAUCACAUUAUUCAAAGUAGUAUGCACAAAAAUAUGCAAAUUAAUACGUAUUUGGACUAUCUGUGCUACAGAAAACCAUUUUAGUAUCUUUAAAUGGGCUGGAAUGACGCAUUGUUUACUGAGCUGUGAUGGAUUUUGCCUGCCCUGCAGUGGUGGGGCUAUACGGCCUGUGAAUAUUAUCAUAUAAUAGGCUAAGCUUGUAAAGAUGUGUGGACAUAGUAGAAGAGAAAGAGAGGCCUGCCCUGCAGCAUUGACUAUGUGGCCCCCCUGGACUUGAAUAUUAAACUCCUGGCUGAUUUGCAUUUUGCAUGCGUGUGAUGCGAGCUGCACACGGGCUGCCUGCCUGCGCUCAAAGCUCAUGUUUUAAUCAGCGUGUUUCUCUCCACAGCUCAUCUGUAUCACGAUAACCAUCGUCUCACUCCUAGCAUAUUCCGGCUGGGUCUCCCAAGUGUCCAUCACGUUCUUAUACUGUCAAUAGUCACUCCGUCUUGUUUCUCUGAUCAUCCCACUCAUCUCACUGUCUCUUACCUCAUUUGGUCUGACUGGUGAUUUUCCUCUAAACCUUCUUUCCUUCCCGUAGGAUUCACUCAGGAAUGUGCGUUUAGUGCUGAGUUAUUGUACCUGUGUCUCUGAACACAUCUGCCCUCCAGAUGUGCCAGUACGGUAGUUACCUCUGACUCACACCAUGGGAUCAGCAGUCCUUUCAGGUGUGCUUCAUUUGGUUCUAGGUUCAAAAGGCAGUAAAUCCAGAACAGUAAGAUAGGAGUCCUGUUGUAUUUGACCAGCUCCCCCGCUCCUCAUCCCUCUCAUGCCAUGUUUCCCUUGAUUAUUUAUGAACGUACCUUCAUUAUUUAUGAACUUUCUAAACUGAUUGUGGAAAGUAGAGAUCUAGCUGCUCACACUGUCUUUCUGUGCUGUGUGUAUUACUUGGUUUGUGUGGAAGAAAACCUUCCUAGAUGACGUGCCGGCCUUAUGGCUCCAGGCAUCAACUCACCACACUUCCGUCCAAGUGGACAACCAACUGUUCCUGUCUGUCUCGCCAUUUUUCCUAUCAAUCUCUCAAUCUUGCCCCUUUCCCCCCAUGUUUUUAGACUGUUGAAUGGCACAUUUUAUUAAUAAUUUUGGUUGAAGUUUGGUACACCACCUCCCUCUGGUCAAUAACAUGAUGUCCUCUUCAGUGCACAUUAAGUUAAAUGAAGAAUAAUCGAUUGACUAGGACUGGAGUGGAUUCAUGCGAUGGGUUGGGUCAGACUAUCAGUGUCAAUGUACAGUGAAUCAUUACCGUGUCAGUUGUUUGUUUAAGACAAACAACUGAAUCUGUUUGCUUCUGUUUUAAGAAACGGUGUCUAUCAAUGGGAAGUCACACAAGGGGAAUUUCACACUAGUACGCGCAAACUGGACCAUCUCAACUCCAGGACUGGACCCCAUGUUAAAUGUGUGAGGAUUUAGCAUUAGACACCUGAAAAGAGUCACAGAGGCUCCCCCCACUGGCGGUGGCUGGGAUCACUUUAUUGUUUUUGACUAGUGGAAGACACAUUCUUACUGGUUUAACAAAAAUAGAUGGCUAACCAAACUACUGGAGAACACAUGCUUGAAGUUGCUAGGUGAGGUUUUGAUUGGCUGAGGUUUGAGAAGCACGACCUCACAAAUCAGACCACAUGGAGGUCAAAGGGCGCCUCAUCACAUCCAUGAGUGUGGGGGCUCCAGAUCAGGACAGCAAGCUGCAAGCUGAACGCAUCUCCGCACUGCAGGAGAGAAAGCAACUCCUGGAGGACCUCCUCAGCAGCCGAGUGGGAGAGCUGAGACAAGUGUGUCUGCUGGAGGCGGAGCUGACCGGGAAGGUCCCACAUGUUUUCCCCCUGGAGACAGGAGAGAGAGCUCCCGUUGUACAGCGCAGGGCUGGCCUGCCACAUAACAACACCAGGGGAGAGGAUGAGACAGGUCAGCGAAGGCAGAUGAAAACAAUCUUCAGUGGUGCUCUGUACAGGCACUCAGAGUCAGACAGGAAUGUCCCCAACAGCAGGAGGACCGUUCACCGGGGAUGCCACACAGAGGACAUGGUGAUGUCAGAGAGCACUAGCUCCAUGUCAGAUUCAACAUCCCAUGACAACGAGGAGUCCUCUCCCAGUGUGGCAGCAGACCACCGCUCCAUGUCCCAGCCCCGUCUGUCCCUGGGCAGCCCAGACCACCAGGUCUGUAGGAAACUGUCCCCAGUGGAGAUAUACUAUGAAAUGAGGACGCGCCGUAACUCUGUGACCAGCUCCAUCAGCCCUAGUCAUUCUCUACCAAGGAGUACAUCUAAUGUUGAAGGCAGAAGUGUUCCUGCUACCCCCCUCAUCGCCCGGACUGCCCCAAUCAGUGUUCAUGUCAGAUCGGAUGGCUCUGGUGGGAUUGCACUAAAGCAGUGGUCUGGCAGCCUGGAUGUACCUCAUAUGGUGCCCUUAACCCAGGAAGGCUCCUCCUCGGAGCGCAGAGGCUGCCCGUACAGCUCCCGUGCCCGGCGGAGCAACAGUUCUGAGGCCUUGCUUGACCGCUCCAGUCUCCCCGAGGACCCAGGCCCCAGGAACGGGAUGCCUGCCAAAGGAGGGCCUUACAAAAGCUCAGAGACCCUCACUGAUGGCAAGCUGAGGCACAUCCACCUGGGCAGUCCUGAGAGACACUUGGACGGCUCUGUGGAGCAGGGCAACAUGCGGCUGUCCAUGGGUGGGAGAGGAGAAGCAGGGGGAGGGGGUUACAACGAGCUCCUAAUGGAUUACAUCUGGGGGAAGCAACAGAGGAUUCAAGUGCAACACCAGCUGUACCAAUCAACAGGUAGAAUCUGGCAGGACAUUUCCUCUCCUCGAUCGUCCAUUGCUACAGUGCCUCCUCAAGCCAACGGCUUCUCCCUAUCCCAGGUGCAUCUACCCAGUGCUGCCCCACCCUACAGCCCCAUGGUGAUCCGUGGCUCCCAGGCUGAGCCUCACAGAGUCAAAGUCACGCGGACCAAGUCCUGUGGACCCUUCAUCCCCCUGCAGCAUGACACCAUCCUGCUCUCUGCCUAUGAGUCUCCCCACCCUGCCCCAAGCUCCACUACCUCCUCCAUUCCCAACCUGCACCCCUACCAGACUGAGCUGUCCGGCCCCUCAUUCAAUCACAGGCCUCCCCAGUUCUCUCGCCCAACCCCGGAGGACUCGACGAGGAGUCUACAUAAAGCUCUGGCGCUGGAGGGUCUCAGAGACUGGUACCUGAGGAACGCCCUUGGCUACCCUACUACCACGUCAAAGGGGCAUGAUUCAGGGGUCUCCCGCCUCUCACACCCCCACCCUUUGGUGCACCAGGCUCAGUCUAUACAAGGUGAUCCACUCCAUAGGUCCCAGAUGUCUCAGUCAGCCAGUUUCCAUGGCCACCCACUGCAUGGAAGGUCAAUGGAGUUCUCACUCUAUCAAGAGCCCGUUCAUCCUCAGAUGCAAGACAUGACUCCGAAGGAGCCCAGCGCUGACCCUGGCACGUUGGUCUAAUGUAGCUGAAUCAUUUUUUAAACACGUACUUGCACACACACACACACACACACACACACACAGAGAACCAGACAUUGUAAAAGGAGCUGAUAUAAGGUGACCUCACAAGCUAAAAAAAAAAACACAUUACAACCCCAGCAGAAAAAGACUGUAAAGCCGUUCUGAAUGCCCUGUUAUUCUGUAGCUACCGUAUACUGUAUUGUAUUCUAUCGUUGGUCAGACCCAAGCCACAUGUAACAAACAUCCUCCUUGUUUAACCUAACAAAUCUCCCAAGGUAUAAUUUUUUUACAGAAUAUAGUAUAUGUAUUCUAAAUAACUAUUUUGUAUCUUAUGAGGUAUAAAGAAUAGAUAUAGAACAGGUCAUUUAUUGCUCAUUAGUCUUGUGAUUUACAAACAUAUGUAAUGAACUCAUAUGAUCUAAAAACUAUUUAGACACCAGUGAAUGUGUAAAUGUACAUGUUUGUAAAGAUGAAUAUAUUACAUCUGUCUUAUCUUUUCAUCUGUUCAUCAAACAUGCAUUGGCUUGCUAUUUCUCAUUUUUGUUAAAUGAAUGGGGACUUACAUUGCAAUAUCGUAGACUGAGGAACAGGAGCUGUGGCUCUGUGUUUAAAACAGAACCCUACCUUUUGUAAAAACGUUAGUGCUUUCUAAUAAUCUGCAAUGCUAACACUAAUCCUUUCAAAGCUUGGUCUUCAAUCAACAAAUGAAAGUAAUGCCUGUUGUUGCCAAAUUGAGUUGUUUCACGCAAUCUCUUUUUUUUUUUUUUUACUAUUAUGACAGUCCAGCUGCUGAAAUGUCAUAAUAGUAAAGUUCAGAGGGCUUUUACUGGUCUAGGACAGUCGUUUAAUUAACUUUCUAGUCAUUUUUAUUCAUUCAGUUGCGUAGCAUGUUUUCCUUCAGAGCACUUUAUGAAUGUCAAAAGCCUUAACCCCUCAAAAGCAAGUAGAACAGUGGGAUGGGACAUUUUCCCCAAGAGAGAACACUUGAAAACCAGAAAAUGGUUGACAGGGUAUCAAGUUUGAGCAAAUAAGAAAAUGUGUGGCCCAAUUGGACAUUCAAGAUCAACAAUAAACCACAUAUUUGGAUCUGUAUAUAUCAUGAUAAUAAGAAAGAUUUGACAAUACAAUCCUUUUAAAAGGAUCUAACAAGAACAGGGCUAGGGAUGGCACUGCUGAAUGAUGGCAUGAGCAGGCCUUAUGUCAGAACUGUGCUAGUAGGAGAUUCCAUUUCCAAUGUAUCAUGUUGUCAUACGCUACUCCUAGUGUUGGCACAAUGUUAUCGUAAUGAUACAAAUAUUUUAAGUCAUUAAUGCCCCCACAAUUCAAGAAUGACCCUUUUAUAAGCUUCCCAUGAUGUGCUACGUGACCAAAACUAUGUGGACAUGUCACAAAUUACUAAGGUGGGUGGAAUCAGGUGCAGAGAGCAGGUUUCAGUUAUUAGACAGUUUAUUCUCCGGUGCACAAAACAACGGUCAACCCAACACACAGGGUGAAUAAUCCAACGCAGGACCAAAAUAGUCCGGAGAAUAAAACUCAUGAACACCACCAAAUAACAGGAAUACAAAAACAAUCCCGCACAAAACAAGGGCGGGACAACCUACUAAAUAUAAGGACGCUAAUUCAACUGAAAUACACACAGGUGAAACUAAUAAGACAAAACCAACAGACAAACGAAAAAGGGAUCGGUAGUGGCUAGUAGGACUGUGACGACGACCGCCGAGCACCGCCCGAACAGGCAGGGGAGCCAACUUCGGCGGAAGUCGUGACAGGACACCUGCUAAUCGAACGUCUCAUUCCAAAAUCAUGGGCAUUAAUAUGGAGUUGGUCCCCCUUUGUUGCUACAACAGCCUCCACUCUUCUGGGAAGCCCUUCCAAUAGAUGUUGGAACAUUGCUACUGGGACUUUCUCCCAUUCAGCCACAAGUGCAUUAGUGAGGUCGGGCACUGAUGUUGGGCGAUUAGACCUGGCUCGCAGUCAGCGUUCCAAUUCAUCCCAAAGGUGAUCGAUGGGGUUGAGGUCAGGCCUCUGUGCAGGCCAGUGAAGUUCUUCCACACCAAUCUCGACAAACCACUUCUGUAUGGACCUCGCCUUGUGCACAAGGGAAUUGUCAUGCUGAAACAGAAAAGGGCCUUCCCCAAACUGUUGUCACAAAAUUGGAUGCACAGAAUCGUCUAGAAUGUCAUUGUAUGCUGUAGCGUUAAGACUUCCCUUCACUGGAACUAAGGGGCCUAGCCCAAACCGUGAAAAACAGCCCCAGACCAUUACUCCUCCUCCACCAACUUUACAGUUGGCACUAUGCAUUGGGGCAGGUAGCAUUCUCCUGGCAUCCUCUAAAACCCAGAUUUGUCCGUCGGACUGCCAGAUGGUGAAGCGUGAUUCAUCACUCCAGAGAACGCGUUUCCACUGCUCCAGAGUCCAAUGAUGGCGAGCUUUACACCACCCUAGCCGAAGCUUGGCAUUGCGCGUGGUGAUCUUAGACUUGUCUGCGGCUGCUCGGCCAUGGAAACCCAUUUAAUGAAGCUCCAGACUAACACUUAUUGUGCUGACUUUGCUUCCAGAGGCAGUUUGGAACUCGGUAGUGAGUGUUGCAACCAAGAACAGAUUAUUUUUAUGCACUACGCGCUUUAGCACUCAGCGGUCCCGUUCUGUGAGCUUGUGUGGCCUACCACUUAGCUGCUGAGCCGUUGUUGCUCUUAGACGUUUCCACUUCACAAUAACAGCACUUACAGUUGACCGGGGCAGCUCUAGCAGGGCAGAAAUUUGAUUAACUGACUUGUUGGAAAGGUGGCAUCCUAUGACGAUGCCUCAUUAAAAGUCACUGAGCUCUUCAGUAAGGCCAUUCUACUGCCAAUGUUUGUCAAUGGAGAUUGCAUUACUGUGUGCUCGAUUUUAUACACCUGUCCGUAAUGGUUGUGGCUGAAAUAGCAGAAUCCGCUAAUUUGAAGGGGUGUCCACAUACUUUUGUAUUUAUAGUGUAUGUGCUUGUCUGUUCUUGUGUAUCAUAGGUUCAUGAUUAUACCAUUAUAAAAGUGCAUCAUUAACUAAAUUAAUGGUAGGAAAGGAAUACCUCUGGAAUAAUAUUGAAAGUGUAAGUGUAUUUCUUCAUUGAUCAUUAUGGUGCAAACUGUCAUCUGAAAACAAAAAAAAGUAUGUACGUAGCUAAUAAUGAUCUUUAAUUUUUACUGAGGAUAAUAGACUCAUGAAUGCCAUGGCUUUUCAUCUAUUGACAUGUUUUACAGCUGAAAAUGUUCCUUUCUUCUCAAGUACCUUUAGUGGAAUGUUAUAUGGUUUUAAAUGUUGCUGUUUUCCCAUUCAGUAGUUAGUGUGUGAAAUUCUUCCAGCUAGUCUAAACCUGAAACUGAUGACCAAACUGCUGUGCAUUGGGGGUCGUAAAUGUAUUUUUCAGGUGAUGUAACUUAUGUCUGUAAAACAUAAAUGAAUAUACACUCGGCUCAAAGCAAAUUUAUCCAGAAUAUAUAUUGUAUAUUUAUGAACUUAUAAUAUUUUGUAUCUUUUUGUGAAAUACACUUCUGUCAUAAAGCCCAUACAAUUCUCAGCACCAGCAAGAUAAGUGUGGUGUUAAUUGACAUUUACAAAUGUAUUCGUUUUUCGAUUUUUAGAGUAAUGCCACAAAUGAGUUAUAUUGAUUGACUGGAAUGAAUUGAGACAUGUUUUUUUCAUCCCAUUACACGAUGACCAUAUUUCAAAGGGGUGAGACAUACUGUACAUUUUCUGUGGGAGGUGGAUGGGGUGCAUUCAUUGAUCUUUUUUUAAUAAAGUGUAAUCAUGGUUAAUUAAACAUGUUGAAAUGGAAUCAUUCAAAAAGAAAACUACAGUAUAUUGAUUUUCAUGUAUUUACAAUGUAAUGACUGUGAGUGAUUUGCCUCAGUUAAAUAAAAUAUGUAUCAUAGGACACUU